AUGAUGAAAAUAAUUGUUUUGGCAUGGUUUUUCGUCAAUUGUUGGGCUAUAACUUGGCCCUGGCAAGACAAAGAGAGAAAUCCUUAUGUACCUUAUUAUACCGAUUGUCCUAGUGGACCCCUUCUUCGAGAAGCUAAAGGAGUUAAUGAUGAUGAAAAGAAGUACAUAACUAAAAGAUAUGAAAAGACUAAUGUUAAUCUUAUUGACUUCCUCGAGAAUGUAGCGAAACUUAAAGAUUUCAAUGCAUCGGACUUUAUAAAUGAUUAUUCAGAAGAGCAUAAUAUUUCCAUUGGCUUGGCCUUCAGCGGAGGAGGAUACCGGGCCAUGUUGAGUGGAGCUGGUCAAUUACUAGCUCUUGAUAGUAGAUUUUCUGAUGCCAAUGAUAACGCUUUAGGUGGGAUUUUACAAAGUUCAAGCUAUAUAACCGGUUUGAGUGGAGGUAGUUGGAUAAUAGGAUCCACUAUCUUGAACAACUGGACUUCUAUUUCAGAUAUUAUUGAUGGAAAAACUGAUAUCUGGCAUUUGGAUGAUUCCAUUUUCAAUCCAAAUGGUAUUAACAUUAUUAAGACUGGUCAAUAUUACACAGACAUUGGAACAGCGAUUAAUGACAAAGACGAUGCUGGAUUUCCUGUUUCCCUUACUGAUAUCUGGGGACGUGCCAUCUCAAACCAGUUUUUACCUGGUGAUGAUAGUGGGGCGAAUGUUACUUGGUCAAGUAUAAGGGAAUUAGACGAUUUUAAAGAUCACAAUAUCCCAUUUCCUAUUAUAUUGGCCAAUGGAAGAUACGAAUUUACCAGGAUUGUCGAUUUGAACUCCACUGUAUUUGAAAUGACUCCAUAUGAAGUGGGAUCAUGGGACCCAACGUUGAAAUCUUUUGUUGAUACCAAAUAUCUUGGAACUUAUCUUGAUAAUGGCGAAGCUAAUUCCACCAAUAGCUGUGUGGUAAACUUUGACAACGCAGGGUUCAUCAUGGGGACCUCUUCAUCAAUAUUUAAUCAAUUUUUAACUCGUUUAGAUGAUUAUGGGGUUCCUACUUAUUUACAAGGUAUCGUCAAGAGAAUUUUAGAGUCCAUUGGAUCCAAUGAAAAUGAUAUCGCCGUAUAUGAACCCAACCCCUUCUAUAACAGUGAAUAUAGUGAUCUGAGUCUUAAAGAGACCCAUUCCUUACAUUUGGUGGAUGGAGGAGAAGAUCAACAAAAUAUACCAUUAUAUCCAUUGAUUCAAUCAUCAAGAGACGUGGAUGUGAUUUUUGCUUUUGACAACUCAGGUGACACUGAAAGUAAUUGGCCCAACGGAUCUUCAGUCAUACAUACUUUUACCAGACAAUUCUCCAGUCAAGGAAAGGGUGCCCCCGUACCAUUCGUCCCUAUGUUAGUAGAUGAGGUACUUAAAAAAGGAUACAACGAGAGACCUUUAUUCUUUGGAUGUAAUGCCGAUGAUUUAGAUGAUUUGGUCACAUUAGCAGAAAACAAAGAUUUGAAUUCAACUGAUGUUCCAUUAAUUAUUCACAUCCCUAACAGUUUUAAGUCAUAUGAGUCUAAUAUAUCAACAUUCACAUUAGAUUUUGAUGAUGAUGAAAGAGAUGGGAUCAUUCAAAACGGAUACGAAACAGCUUCCCAGAAUAAUUUGACAGAUGAUCAAAGCUGGUCCACAUGUGUUGGGUGUGCCAUCAUUAGAAGAAGUCAAGAAAGGUUGGGUGUUGAACAAACGGAGGAAUGUAAAAAAUGUUUCAAAGAUUAUUGUUAUUUCCCCGACAAGGAUGCAGAUUGGAUGAAAGCUAUAGCUGAUUCAGCUUCUAAAAUCAAUGAUGGUUCAUCUAGUUCAGAGUCCAACUCGGAAUCAAGUUCAGAAUCUAGUUUAGAAUCAAGUUCAGAAUCAAGUUCAGAAUCUGAAUCAAAAACCAGUUCUAAAACCGGAUCAGGAAAUUCCAAUCAAUCAACUUUGAGUUCAAGUAUACAAACUUCAUCAACAUCAUCAGAGUCCUCACCGGAGUCUUCUAGUUCCUCCUCAGACGAUAGUGCGUCAACCUUACGUAUGUCACUUCUCAUUAUGCUUUUAUGGUUAAUAUAA